AUGAUAACGCUCAGCAGGACCGGUAUCCCGUCGAAACGAUGCGCUGCUCUUAUACUUAAUCACCUCGCCAAGAAAUACCAUCCAGAUGUCAAUAAGACCAAAGAAGCACAAGAGAAAUUUCAAGAGAUCUCAGAGGCGUACGAGGUGUUGAGUGACGACAACAAGCGGCAAGAAUACGACACGUUUGGAUCAAGUUCGUCAGCAGCUGGAGGUGCUGGUAGGGGACCUCAUGAAUGGCAGUACAAGAGCACUGUCGAUGUUAAUGAGAUCUUCCGACGUGCCUUUGGCUUCGGCGGGGUGAGGAAAUCUAGUAUUCAUUUGAGCUUGUCGAGUACUAGCCGUUUAUUUCUCUCAUCUGAGAUCUCCAUUCUAUACGAAGUACUGUAA